CGGUGGUUUGGCGGUCCUUUUCCUGUGCCUAAACCGUGGAGUAGCUAGGCUGCUGAAGCCCUCCAACUCUAUCUAAAGCCAUCCACCUUCUUAGGCACGGUGUAAACUCGCCAAAAUGACCGAACAGAUGACCCUGAGGGGGACCCUUAAGGGCCACAGCGGUUGGGUGACCCAAAUCGCCACAACUCCCCAGUUUCCCGACAUGAUUCUGUCUGCGUCCAGAGACAAGACCAUUGUCAUGUGGAAGCUGACCCGUGAUGAGACUAACUAUGGUGUUCCUCAGCGUGCCCUGCGUGGACACUCUCACUUCGUCAGUGACGUGGUCAUUUCCUCCGAUGGGCAGUUUGCGCUCUCUGGGUCUUGGGAUGGCACUCUGCGUCUCUGGGAUCUCACCACGGGAACCACCACUCGUCGUUUUGUUGGACACACCAAGGAUGUGCUGAGUGUUGCCUUCUCUGCUGAUAACCGCCAAAUCGUGUCUGGCUCCCGGGACAAGACCAUCAAGCUGUGGAACACUCUGGGUGUCUGCAAAUACACCAUUCAGGAUGAGGGCCACAGUGAGUGGGUGUCCUGCGUGCGCUUCUCCCCCAACAGCAGCAACCCCAUCAUUGUCUCCUGUGGCUGGGACAAGAUGGUCAAGGUGUGGAACCUGGCUAACUGCAAGCUGAAGACCAACCACAUUGGGCACACCGGCUUCCUGAACACCGUCACUGUUUCCCCUGAUGGGUCUCUGUGUGCUUCUGGUGGAAAGGACGGGCAGGCCAUGCUGUGGGAUCUGAAUGAAGGGAAGCAUCUGUACACCCUGGAUGGUGGUGACACCAUUAAUGCUCUCUGCUUCAGCCCCAAUCGAUACUGGCUCUGCGCAGCCACAGGUCCCUCCAUCAAGAUCUGGGAUCUGGAGGGGAAGAUCAUUGUUGAUGAGCUGAGACAGGAGGUGAUCAGCACCAGCAGCAAGGCUGAGCCUCCUCAGUGCACUUCUCUGGCCUGGUCUGCUGACGGACAGACUCUAUUUGCUGGCUACACUGACAACCUCAUCAGAGUGUGGCAGGUUACCAUUGGAACCCGGUAGACACCUUAAGUCCAAGAACAAAAUGCUAAAAAUGGAACUUGGAUAAAAAUCAAUAAAGUGAUAAAAAUCGAA